AUGUCGGAGGCACCAGGGGUCAUCCAAAACAUGGGGCUCUCCGGUGAGACUCAUGCCCAGGAGCAGGCACCCGCGCAGGGUGACGCCACCGAGGUGGAGUGCCCCAUAUGCUACCAGGAGUACAACCAGUGUGGCAAGUGCCCCCGGAUGCUGGAGUGCUUGCACGUCUUCUGCACCGAGUGCCUGCAGCAGAUCCAACUGUCUUCCUCCCCCUGCUCCCAAGAGCCGGACGCCACACCGUCUAUCUCUUGCCCGCUCUGCCGCCACAAGACCCCCCUGAAGGCCGGCGAUGCCCUCUCCUUGCCCCCCAACUCGAGCAUCCUGUCCCGCCUACAGCCCAUGUCCUUCUGCGUGGCCCAGCGGGUGGUGGUGUCGCUGGAGCAGCGUGACGCCCGCUUCAUCAUCCUCCCCACGGUCAGCCUGCGGGUCGAGCAGAUGACCGAGGAGGAGGAGGAGAGGUCAAGGAGGGCCGGGGAGCUGAGGCCGCUGCGCGUGGGCAGUGGGCAGCAGCGCCGGACCCUGCUUUGUGUCCAGAUGCUGGCCGUGGUCUUCUGGGUCGUCUUUGUGCUGACCUGUGUGAUCGCCGUGGUGUUUGGACCCAGCCUUUUCCACAUCCGACAGCCAGGAGGAAAGUAA